AUGACUGUUGUGGCUCCUCUGAAGAUCCGAAUCUUUUCCGAACUUGUGAACAAAGCGAGGGUUGUUGAGGAAUGUGCAAAGAAAGUAGCAACCUCAAGAGACACUCGUGGAGGAAACAAUUACCGUGGGCGAGGAAAAUAUUUUCAACCAAGAGCUCAGAGCUACAAGAGAGGAGGACAUGCACCUCAAGGUCAAUGGGGCUUUAGGCGAAACAACUAUGAUCAGUACCACCCGGCUAGAGGGAGAGGUAAUCAGAGUAAGGCUUCUCCAGAUUCAAUUUGUAACCGUUGCGGGCAUUUUCAUCUGAAUGACUCGUGCAAGCUGGGUAUAGGUGGUUGCUUCAAUUGCAGAUUGUCUGGUCAUAUGGCGAAGGAUUGUACUCGAGGGAGGAACCCGAAUGCGGGUUGGAAUCAGCACCAAGGGCAAGUGUUUACGGUAAACGCCAAUGAUGCUACUAAUGCGGAUCCUCUUAUGAGAGGUAACUGUUUAAUUGGUGAUAAAAUAUUGGUUGCACUAUAUGAUACUAGAGCUUUGCAUUCGUUUAUUUCAUUUGAUAAGGUUGAGGAACUAGGAUUGAAAGUAUCAGAGUUAUCAUUUGAUUUGCAUGUGCAUACCCCGUAUCAGACGGUUGUGACUAGAUCAGGUUGUAGGCAAGUAGGUUUCAAGCUUGAGAAUAAAGAAUUUGUUCACGACUUAAUCUAUUUGCCAAUGGUUGGGUUGGAGAUGAUUUUGGAGUUUGCUUGA